CGCUUCCGUUCGCGUCUUGCACCGCGGGCCCCACCGAGAACAGCCUCCGUAGUCUGGCGACGGCCCCACGUGCUUCACGGUAUAAACGAACGUACCAGCAGAGAAGCGCGCGCAGGUCACAGCUAGCCUUGAGCCUUUGCUGGGAGGAAGAGGAACUGAAGGGGUGAGGGGAGAGGAGAGGGCGAUGGCGGAGGCCGAGGAGGCGGCGCUGGAGUUCACGCCGACGUGGAUCGUGGCGGCGGUCUGCUCGGUCAUCGUGCUCAUCUCCCUCGCCGCCGAGCGUGGCCUCCAUCACCUCGGCAAGACGCUCAAGAAGAACGAUCAGAGGUCGCUCUACGAGGCGCUCCUCAAGGUCAAAGAAGAGCUGAUGCUUCUGGGGUUCAUCUCCCUGCUGAUGACGGCGUUCCAGAGGACGAUCCAGCGGAUGUGCAUCCCUCCCAGCUGGACGGACUACAUGCUGCCGUGCCAGAGGCCGGGGGAUCACCAGCCUGCAAGGGUCGCCGCGCGUUUUACCGCCGCCGAGAUCCUCGCCGGGGUCAGCAGGGCACGGGUGCUCAGCGAGGGCGGGGCUGGAGCCGAGGCCGGGCUCUGCCAGGAGGGAAAAGUUCCACUGCUGUCGGAAGAAGCCUUGCAUCAGCUGCACAUCUUCAUAUUUGUUCUGGCUGUGGCGCAUGUCUUCUUCAGUGCUACAACUAUGUUUCUGGGAGGUGCAAAGAUACACAAAUGGAAACAGUGGGAGGAGGAAAUUCAGAAAAACAAUGAUGCAGGAAACGGACCUAAGAAGGUGCUACCUAUGCAUCAAGUUUCAUUCAUUAGGGAACAUUACAAGGGGAUUGGCAAAGAUUCUAUGACGUUGUCUUGGCUGCAAUCAUUUGUGAAGCAGUUUUAUGGUUCAGUAGCUAAAUCAGACUACACCGCAAUGCGUCUUGGUUUUAUCAUGACUCACUGCCGAGGAAAUCCAAAAUUUGAUUUCCAUAGAUACAUGAUGAGAGCUUUAGAGUCUGAUUUUAAGAAAAUAGUCAGUACAAGCUGGAGCUUGUGGAUGUUCGUGGUGAUAUUUCUGUUGCUGAAUGUCAAUGGUUGGCACACGUAUUUUUGGAUGGCUUUUCUUCCCCUUGUUCUUCUGCUGGCUGUUGGCACCAAGCUGGAGCACAUCAUCGCUCAGCUUGCCUACGAUGUAGCCGCGAGGCAAACGGCGGUCGAGGGCGAUUUGGUCGUGAAGCCAUCAGACGAGCACUUCUGGUUCGGGCAGCCACGAAUCGUCCUGCACCUGAUCCACUUCAUCCUCUUCCAGAACGCAUUUGAGCUCUCAUUCUUCUUCUGGAUACUGAUGACCUAUGGAUUCCACUCCUGCUUCAUGGACCAUGUCGGUUUCUUGGUGCCGAGGCUCGUUCUAGGGGUCGUCAUCCAGCUUCUCUGCAGCUACAGCACCCUGCCUCUGUAUGCAAUUGUAACCCAGAUGGGGAGCUACUACAAGAAGGAGAUCUUCAACGAGCACGUGCAGCAGGGCGUCCUGGGCUGGGCGGAGAAGGCGAAGAAGAAAUCAGGGCUGAGGGAGUGCAACUCCACGGUCGAAUCCAAGCAUGGCGACGGCCCCGAUGCGGCUUAGUAUUGGAAUGGUGAAAUGGGCAGCUGGGGAAGAACAAUGAGGCAGUUGGAAACACGUAGUGGUAGUAACUUGUGUUGUGUGCUCUACAGCAAUGGCUCGCAUCAUGUGUAGUUUCCCUGCGUUCUAAGGCAUAGACGUGGCAUAAUUUUGGCAUAUAGCUUCACUCACAGCAGCCAUAAAUAGUGCUGAUAUAUCUGUAAUCUCACAAGUAGUCAUCUGCAUCGAAACUUACUCAGAUGAUCCUGAACCUGAUACUUUUGAUGAUGAUGCCUUAUUUUUAGUUUGUUGCAAA